AUGUUAAGCGAGAAGACUAUUCAAGAGGUUGGAAGGACCUCAGACUUUGAAACCAGACGGUCCAGCUCAACUCCUGAAAUAUCCGUUAUUCCAGACAAGAAAGUGGCCCAAAUUACAAAAGUCAAUAGUCUGGAUGAGUUUUCGAUCGCCUCCUUUAGUGACGAGCAAAUAGCGUAUCUUUUGAAGAAGUUAGGAUAUGAUAAUUAUGAGGACUUGACAGAUAUACCUCCAGAAAUUGAAUAUUUGGGUUCGAAGAUUGGCCAGCUGAGCGUUGAAGAUGCCAUUGAAAUUAUGAAAAAAGGCGUCGAUUACCAUGAUAAUGAUCCGCUGAUUCCAACGAAGGAAUACGAGGAAUUCGUCAGAUUUUCCAAAGGUGUAAUUGAUAUGGAUAAUGAAAAGGAUGUUUUUGAGCUAAAAGCACUAGCGGGUCUAUUGGAAUACCAUUCGCCUUAUCCUGAAGUAAGAGCUGCAGUUGAUCCAAGGGAUGAUACUAGUAUUCCAGUUGAAACCUUCAGAUCGUACUUCUUGGCAUUCUGCUGGGCCAUUAUCGGAUCUGGCUUUAAUGAAUUUUUUGCGCAUAGACUAGUCACAAUUUCGCUUGGUACAUCCGUCAUUCAAAUGUUUUUAUAUCCGUGUGGUACUCUAUGGGCCAAAUAUAUGCCUUGUUGGGGAUUCAACUUGCGAGGGAGGAGAAUUGCCUUGAAUAUCGAGACCCCAUGGACGGAUAAGGAGCAAAUGUUUGCAACACUUUUGUUUGCCAUCUGCAUGGGAACGUUUUAUACCCACUACAAUAUCUUGACACUGAAAGUCUAUUACCACGACGACGUAUCCUUUGGCUAUCAAUUUUGGUUGUCACUAUGCGUGCAAUUCAUUGGUUUUGGCUUCGCAGGAAUCUUGAGAAGAUUUGUAGUUUAUCCAACGCGUGCAGUGUGGCCCACUUCGAUGUCAACAAUUGCUCUUAAUAAAGCGCUGUUAUCGAGAAACAAAGAUAAAUCCAAGGGCAUUUCCAGAUACAACUUCUUCUUUAUUUCUAUGAUCUUUAUGUUCAUCUAUACCUGGUUUCCCACGUACAUCAUCAAUAUCUUGAAUACAUUCAACUGGAUGACAUGGAUCGCUCCAGAAAACUUAGAUCUGGCAAAUGUGACUGGUGGCGUUUCUGGUCUGGGAAUUAACCCGAUUUCGAGUUUCGAUUGGAAUGUUCUCAAUUUCAUGUAUCCGCUCAUUACACCAUUUUUUUCCUAUGCAACCCAAUUAGUUGGAGGUUUCUUCGCGGCAUUGGUUAUAUUAGCAGUAUAUUACACGAAUUACAUGGAUUGCCAAUACUUGCCAAUAUUCUCAAACUCAUUAUUCACAAAUAGGGCCACCAAAUAUCAAGUCACGAAAAUUUUGGACGAUGACUAUAAGCUAAACGAGAAAAAAUACCAGGCAUACUCAGCACCUUAUUACUCGGCGGGAAACCUAGUUAGCUAUGGCUCUUUUAUCGCAACUUAUCCAUUAUUGAUCGCUUACGCCUUCAUAACUGAAUCCAAGAUUCUGAUCAAGGCCCUUAGGGACUGGUUCAAAUCGCUAUGCAGCUUGACCAAAAAAGAAACCUGGAUUAAUAUGUGGAAUGGUGAGUACCAUGUUUUGGACGAAUUCGAUGAUCCACACUCUAGAAUGAUGAAGAAUUACAAGGAAGUACCUGACUGGUGGUACUUCAUGAUUUUAUUGGUCACCAUCGUUAUUUCCAUAAUUGUGCUGGAAAAAUACAACACGAAUACACCAGUUUGGGCGCUAUUCAUGUCUUUGGGUUUUAACUUCGUUUUUUUAAUCCCUCUCACUAUUUUGCAAGCUACUACUGGUUAUAGUCUCGGACUGAACUUGUUGAUUGAAAUGAUCAUCGGGUACGCUCUGCCAGGUAACCCAUUUGCUUUGAUGAUCGUGAAGGCAUUUGGCUAUAAUAUUGAUGGCCAGGCGGAUAACUAUGUAUCAAACUUGAAAAUGGCACAUUACUGUAAAAUCCCGCCCGUAGCGCUUUUUAGAGGCCAACUUUUUAUGGUAUUCGUUCAGGUAUUUGUGAAUUUGGGCGUCCUAAAUUGGUCGAUCUCUAAUAUCAAGGAUUACUGCAUGUCUUACCAAGCAUCAAAAUUUACCUGCCCUGAUGCUACCACUUAUUACAAUGCUUCAGUAAUGUGGGGUGCAAUGGGUCCAAAGAAGAUCUUUAACGAUGUGUAUCCUAUCCUAAAAUGGUGCUGGUUGAUUGGAGCUUUACUGGGAAUUUUUUUUGGUUUGUGGAAGCGAUUCGCAUCUAAAUAUUAUCCAAAAUGGUUCAAUCCUGUUCUGUUUGUUGGUGGCAUGCUCAAUGUUGGGCCUCCUUACAACUUGAUGUACAUUUUGCCAGGUGGCUUUGUUAAUUGGUUUUCACAGGUCUACAUGAAAAAGUACCAUUUGCGUAUAUGGGAGAAAUAUAAUUAUAUCUUGGACGCAGGAUUUUCAUGUGGACUGGUUUUCUCCUCUAUCAUUAUCUUUUUCGCUGUGCAAUACAAAGAAGUUGAUCUUCUUUGGUGGGGUAAUGACGUCCCUUAUGAAGGUGUAGAUGCAUUAUAUUUACCAAAGAAAAAUGUCACCGAAACAGCUAAAGGAUACUUCGGACCAGAUCCAGGCCACUAUCCAUAA